UUUGUUUCUCCUUUUGGUGAGAUUUUUGCUCCGCCGGCUCGUUUGUGCCGUUGAUCGCACCUCCAGCCUCGGUGUUUGGAGUGAGGGGGUACUUUUACAGGGAUGCGCGUCUACUUUUAGCGGUACCUCAUGAUAUCCCACCCCCCGCUGCGCGCCUGAAACUUAGAAAGGCGCAGGUUAAAAUAGCCCUCGCCUCGUGAAGCCUGUACAGACGCAAUGCGCCUGCGCAACCGAGCUGUGGCGCGCGCCGCUCUCUCCAGCGGCUGCAUCGGUGCGUAAAGCGCGUGGGCAACAGGUACCGUGAGUCCGGACCACUGAGGCUCUGAACAUCGACUUUACCCACACAUGUGUUCGCGUCUGACGGUCUAAAACUUCCCCGGACGCCCGCGUCCACCAACAGGGUCAGAACUCGUGGGAGCCGAACUCCAGAACCGGGACGGGACCUCCGCCAUGCCUCAGUCGCCAGCGUGUUGAGGUCCCCGCAUUGUUUGUGUCAGACACUCAAGGGCGAUAACAUCACAUUCGUUGGAGUUGCCCCGCACACGAGGCGCGCAUCACCCCCACGGGGUCUGACUUUGGGAGCAGGUUUGAGGCCGUCUCAUUCCUGCGCUCAUACCAGGCGUAAACAUGCAAACAAACAGCGGGCUUUAUUAAUCGCACUGGAAGGCGUGUGCCUGGCUGUGGGCAGACAGCGGGUGUAGGUGGUGGGUGAUACACCUGGAGACUGUCAAAGGGAAGUAACGAGAAGAAGAUGGAAAAAACACACAAAGUGACCAAAAAUAGCCUGAAUGUGAGUAAGGCUGAAACAACAAAUGUCGUUGUUUGUUGUGUCUUCUACGUGGGAUAAGUUGAGUUUUCCUGUUUACUGUUCACUGAGCCGUGAUUGGUCAGCUGCUUUCCAAGCUCCCGACACGACUCGCUGCACUAACGUGGGAUGUGCAGCCUCUCACGGGCUCCUGAGCAGAACAGCUGCCCUGCAGCUGACGGAGCAAAGCCGAACCGAAAGUUCCGAGGAAAAGGAACCUCGCUCCGGUUUCGGCGUCUGAGGCUCCGCCUCCCCGUCUCUGCGUUUCCUUUAUGUCAUUAAAGCUGCAUUGACUCCCCCACGUGUGGCAACGGCCCUUUCUGACGUGACUCGGCGCGUUGCUCCGCAUCCUGUCCGCGUGCGCCUCGCCGGUGGACCGGAAGGAACCGGGCUCACGCGCCCGUUCCGCCUCAGCGCAAUCCGCCGCGGCGGCGAUGCCCAAAUUUGCACUCGGCGUCGACCUUUUUUGUCGGGCGUGUCGUCGGCGGAGAGCAAACAGCCGUGGCACGCAGGUCAUUUUUCCCUCAGACAAGAACUAAAAACAGGGGAUUAGCUCGGUCGUGCGGGUCCGCUGCUCAGCUGGUGCCAGAGAAUGUGACUCCUGGCGCUGGUUAUUAGCGCGGCUGAGAUGUAAAAGGCCGCAGCUCCUCUUCUGAUUCUUGGUGUAUAUAAUAAACCGUCGGCGUGUGACAUCCUGCAAACAGCGAUGUUUAUUCAUGUGAAUGUUUCUCUUCACAUCAGCGUCUCCGCCUGCGUCCAUUUACAUCUCCUGCCAGUAUCAGCACGCGCUGUUGGAGGCCGUUGUCCGCCACCGAGCUUCUCUUUUACAUUAGAUUACCUGCAGAUGCACGACACACGGCGUCGCAGCGCAUGGAUGCAAAUUAUUGUUCAUAACAUGUCACAGGAAGCUCCUGGCAAAAUAUAAUUUGCCUAAUUUGAAAAUGAACAAAAAGUAAAAGAGGUGAGCGUUAAAAUGUACUUAGUUACUUAAUUGGGCUUCCUCAAGCGGAUCAUUUGUUUUUUUCUGUAAGGUCUAGACCUAAAAAGUGCCCUAAUGUGAUUUCUUGUUAUUUGACAGCAAAUUAUUAUAAAUAAAAAUAAGUCAAAUCCAUUGGUAUGUUCUGUUCAUAUGCAUCUACGGCAUCAGAUCUACAAUAAAAUAACCAAAAUUGUUCUUAAAACAAUCUUUUCUUCACUCUGAUGUGAUGUGAUGUACGGCCAUGUUUAGCUUGUGUUCAGUCUCUCGCUGCCAAGUGACAUUUUUGCACUUGUGGUUUAUAAAUAAUCUCGCAGCAGCUCCAUCGGUGCCUGAGGGGAGAGUCUGUUCAGGGUGUGUGUGUGUGUGUGUGUGUGUGUGAGAUAAGAUAAGGGGGCGUCUCCGUCAGCUGGUAACGUGAGCCGUGCUGCAGAGCCGUCACCGUCUCUGUCCCGCAGCAGCCAAAAGGUGGAGCGACAGGUAGCAGGACGGACGCGGGUUCCACUUUGGGAACUCACACGCUGGUGCCUGUGCUGUCAAACGUCCCGCCGCGUGGGCAGCACCAGGGAUCCUGAGUCGCGGUGACGUCGCCCAGUCACAUCCUGCUCGUGAUCGGACCAUGCCGUACUCCGUCGACGCCCUCCCCGCCUUCACCUUGGACUUCCUCUCCGCCGGCGUCCAGCCCACGGACCCCUACGCGGCGGACGGCUCCGUCGCCGGCGUCUGGAGCGUGAGGAACGCGAGCGGCGGCGGGCUGCUCGCGCCCCGCUGCACCUACAAGGAGGACUUCAAGCGCAUCCUGCUGCCCGCGGUCUACACCCUGGUCUUCCUGCUGGGCCUCCCGCUCAACGCCGCGGUCAUACUGAAGAUAUGGAGGAAGGGGCCCAGUCUGUCCAAGAACAACAUCUACAUGCUCAACCUGGCCAUCGCCGACUUCCUGUAUGUGAUGUCCCUUCCUCUGCUCAUCUACAACUAUGGCAGCAAUGACUACUGGCCCUUUGGAGAAUAUGCCUGCAAACUGGUCAGGUUUCAGUUCUACAGUAACCUUCACGGCAGCAUCCUCUUCCUCACCUGCAUCAGCGUGCAGCGCUACAUGGGCAUCUGCCACCCCCUGGCCAUGUGGCACAAGCGGGGCAGCCGCCGCACGGCCUGGUGCGUCUGCGGCGGCGUGUGGCUGGUGGUCGCCGCCCUGUGCGCGCCCACCUUCCACUUCGCCGCCACGGGGACCCAGCGCAACCGCACCGUGUGCUACGACUUGAGCACGCCGGCGCGGUCGGUGGACUACUACCCCUACGGCAUGGCCCUCACCUUCCUGGGCUUCCUGUUGCCCUUCCUGGGCGUGAUGGUGUGCUACUGCCGCAUGGCCCAGAUCCUGUGCCGCCCGGUGACCUACCAGGGUGUCUCCAUGGCGACGGGAGAGAAGCGGGACAAGGCGGUGAGGAUGAUCGUCGUGGUGGCGGCCGUGUUCUGCGUGAGCUUCCUCCCGUUCCACCUCACGAAGACCAUGUAUCUGAUGAUACGCACGCUGCCCGGGGCGCCGUGCGAGACCCGGAACCUGUUCUCGGUGAUCUAUAAGAGCACCAGGCCGUUCGCCAGCAUGAACAGCUUCCUGGACCCCAUUCUGUUUUACUUCACCCAGCCGCGCUAUCGCCAGAGCACCAGGCGGCUGGUGCUCAAAGUCACCUCCACGAUGAGAGACAAGGGCAGCAGCGUGUGAACAGUCCCACACACUGAGCCUGUAUUUCCAGUAUUUAUGAAUCUUGUCUUAGUGCAGAAAUGUGAAUUGCAUUUAAUGGUUGUGUUUUUUUUCUGACCUGGAAUUACACUGGAAACUGUUCUCCAGGCUAGAAGACGUAGAAGUAAUGGUGGAGUGGGUCAAACAGCCAACCUGAGGUUGUAAAGGUGUUCUACGAAUGAUGAAAACAAGUCAUUACAACCAUUCUCCUCAGACCAUCUAGCACUGGGUGUGCGAUGACGACUUCCCCCAGGUGACAUGUUUUAAAAAAUGAGCCUGAACUGUAACGUUUGCAGUUACACGUUUUCACCACUGGGUGGUGUGUGUGCGCCGCUGCUGGAAACUCCAGCUGAGCAAAGCAAAUGAAUUCAAUGCUUGUUCCAGCAGAGGUUUUUGUGCUGGUACAUUUGCAUGUACUGUAUUCAAAAAUAAGUCAAUUUUAAUUUAUGGACAUUGGGGCAUCUGACCUAUAACUGUAAAGUAUAACUGAACUGUAUGGUGUCAAUUUCUCAAUUUGUUUUUAUAAUUUUUAAAGCUGAGAUAUUGAGUUUAUUAUUUAAUUUGUUUAUGAAACAAACAUAACUGCCAAAUGAAAUUUGAUUGAUUUAGUCUUGUAGUGUCAGUGCAGGAACUGCGAUGAUGUGUUGAUGCUGCAGGUCAUCUGAUUUCCUUAAAGGUUAGCAGCUUUUAUGCAACGUAGGCCUGUCAACACAAUGUUCAUAUGCAGCUGAAAUAACCAUCACCUAAGGAGGUUAGUUUCAUGGUUCAGGUAUCAAAUAUGUAUUUCAGUGUCACUGAAUUCAUGAUUUACACCCAGAUCUUGCAGUCUGAAGAUCAGAGUGUCAUCUUGACAAACUAAUCUGAUUAGAAAAUAAUACUUAACACUGCUUUUUUAAUGAAUGUGAGCACUAGGCAGCUUCAAUACCUAAGCACUUGGUUGAUAGAGGGGUGAAAUGCUGUUGAUAUUAGUUAAAUGUGAACUUUUCAGUUUCAUGCAUUUGAAAUGCAAGAACAAUUUUGAUCACAGUUUGAGGUCUUUUACUUUGUGAACGUGUUUGCGUCCGGUGUGCAUAUGCAGUAAUAUAGUCUCAAUGUUGUGUCCCUGGCUUCCUGUUCUAGUGACUGAACACUCCUGUUGUUUACUUGUCUGUUUGCACAAAUAUUUUUGUCAUUUCCUCUAAGCUCAACCCGUUCAGAAUUGUCUGUGUCAACCAGUAUUAUUUGGAAGAACUUUAUUUUGUUACAGAAAUAUAAAUAUAAAGAGGCAACAUUUAUGUUUGAAUAUAUAUUUUUAUCCCACUGUGCAUUGGUUUGUGAAAUGUUUAAAUGUUGUUAUAUAAGAUAAUGGAAAAAAAACAUUAAAUGUGUAACAACACACAAUAAAAAAACACACUAUA